AUGCUACCUCCCCGCUCAGCCACGAGCCCAGGGGACUCAAGCUCUGCGAGGGCACAGGGCGCAACGUUGAGGGCUGAAGCGGAGGUCGCUCCGCGCUCCUCGACCGAAACUUUUGAGAAGCCCCUCAAGGGCAAGAUGGACAUCCUAGUGGCUGGGGGUCCGGACUAUCAGCGGUUCAUAUUCAUGGCACAUGCACAAAGGUAUGGCGUUGAGGAUGCAGUAGAAGUUACCGACCGCCGUGAUUUUGAGAUCGCGCUCUUGAACUCCCAGAAGUACAGCCAGGAUCAGCCGUUUGUGGUCUUUCUUGGUGACGAGUCAUGGCUUCAGGUUCUCAAGAAGCAUGACUUCAGCGAGAGGCCCCUCUACCUGGUGAAUGUCAACGUCACCUCGUCCAACCCGGAUGCCUACCAUCGCCAUGUCUUCUCGUCGGUGGAGCCUAAGGAGGUGGAGAGCCUUCUGCUGGAAGUUCUGCAUACUUGGUGGCCAGCCGCCUGCGGCGACAGAGACCGGAAGAGUCUUUCUGGCGUGGCUGGGGCCACGGCAGGAUAUCACCAAGGGGCUGCGCCGUAG